AAACAAUCCGGGUCGCUACAUGUACUUACAGCACCUCCAUAAUAAAAAAAUAAAAUUCUCGGGCGCUCUGCGUCACCGUGGAUCAAAUCUUACCCAACAACCCCUCCAAAGAACCAGGGUCUCCCCUCUUCUUAGACUUUUACGCUUUUCGUCGUUACUGUUUUAAUUCCCUCAGACUUCGCAUCAAUUUCAAAUCAAACACUACAUCUUUAUCAUUAACACCUCCAACACUCAUAUUCCCUAGUAGCGUCCUAACGUAACCUACUUCUUUUCCCAUACCAAACAAACAUUACCUACUCUCUCAAUUACAAUCUAUAGCUACAUUCACAAUGGGUUUAAUGGAGAAGCUGAACCUCAAGCCUGGUGUCAUCUACGGCCAGGAUGUAUUGAAGGUUCUUCAAUAUGCCAAAGAGCACGAGUUCGCUAUCCCCGCUGUCAAUGUGACCUCUUCUUCUACCGUCGUUGCUGUUCUUGAAGCGGCCAAGGACUCGAAAUCCCCCAUCAUCCUUCAAGUUUCCAAUGGAGGUGCUGCUUUCUUCGCCGGAAAAUCCAUCCCCAACUCCAACCAAGAAGCUUCCGUGACUGGUGCCGUCGCUGCUGCUCACUUCGUCCGCGCUAUUUCUCCUAUCUACGGUGUUCCCGUCAUCAUGCACAGUGAUCACUGCGCCAAGAAGCUACUACCGUGGUUAGAUGGCAUGAUUGAUGCUGAUGAGGCCUUCUUCAAGGAGCACGGCACCCCUCUGUUCAGUAGCCACAUGAUCGACUUAUCAGAGGAAGACGUCAAGUACAACAUCGAGACAACAGCCAAGUACCUUAAGCGAUCUCAACCCUUAAACCUAUGGCUAGAAAUGGAGGUUGGUUUGACUGGUGGUGAGGAAGAUGGUGUUAACAAUGAGGACGUCGACAACAACUCUCUAUACACACAACCCGAGGAUAUCCUUGCCAUCUACGAAGCUCUUAGUCCCAUCUCAAACCUCUUUAGCAUCGCCGCUGGUUUCGGAAAUGUCCACGGUGUAUACCAACCCGGUAACGUGAAGUUACACCCCGAAUUACUCGGCAAGCACCAGGCCCACGUCGCUAAGAAGCUAGGUGACGGCCAGACCAAGCCUGUUUUCUUCGUCUUCCACGGUGGUUCCGGCUCCAGCAAGGCGGAAUUCCUAGAGGCUAUCUCUCACGGUGUCGUCAAGGUCAACCUCGACACAGAUCUCCAGUGGGCAUACUUGAUUGGCCACAGAGACUACAUCCUAAACAACAUUGACUACUUAAGAACCCAGGUGGGCAACCCAGAGGGACCCCACAAGCCCAACAAGAAGAAGUACGACCCCCGCGUGUGGGUACGAGAGGGCGAGAAGACGAUGAAGGCUCGUGUGAUCGAGGCCUUCAAAGACUUCAACACAGCUGGACAGCUAUAAAUACCUAAGUAAUGAUAUGGGAGCAUCGUUGGGCGUGAUUAGAGAUUUUACGGCGUAGUUCGAGUAGCUAAAAUAUGAUAUAGUUCGAGUCGAGCUUUUUUUUUCCCUCUUACUCAUUUCUAUGGAUCAAUUAGACUACAAUUACCAUAUUUUACAGAACACUAC